CCAUCAACAAAAACAAAGAAAAGAGUUUAAAACAUCAAACAAAGAGUUUCAAGAUUCAGACAAAGACAAUGAAUUCUAAGACAAUGCAAGCUUUGAUCUUUCUUGGUUUCUUGGCCACUUCAUGUCUCGCUCAAGCUCCUGCACCGGCACCAACCACCGUUACUCCUCCACCAACGGCGCUACCUCCGGUGACAGCAGAAACACCUUCACCAGUUGCUUCACCACCGGUUCCAGUUAACGAGCCAACUCCAGCUCCAACCACUGCUCCUACCACUUCACCAACAACAUCUCCGGUUGCUUCUCCUCCUCAGACCGAUGCUCCUGCUCCUGGUCCCUCCGCUGGAUUAACUCCAACUCCGGCUCCAGCUCCAGGACCAGACGGUGCCGCUGAUGCACCAAGUGCCGCGUGGGCUAACAAAGCUUUCCUCGUAGGAACAGCUGUUGCCGGAGCUUUAUACGCUGUCGUUUUGGCUUAGAGAGCUUUUGAGUUUGGUGGAUUUGGAUCCUCUGCUUUCUAUUAUUGUUUUAUUUUAAUUACUUCUUCUCGUUCAUAUUUGUUAUUUACUUCUAUUAUUAUUUUGACGUGGACACAUGUAUAAUUUGUUGGGGUUGAGAUGAACAUAGAGACGAGAUGGUGUAAUAUCUAUUCUUUUUUAUAAAUCAAAAUAAUCCUU